AUGAAGCUGAGCAUCCUGUUGAUGGCCUCUGCCGUGGCCGCGGCGCCCGCCAGCAGCAGCGGCAACCACGGCGCCCAGCGCAUCGAGAACGUCGACGUCGGCGUGCGGCCAUCGUACCUGGUCAGCCUGAUGUCCGACAGCCCGCUCAAGGAGAAGCUCGCCGCCUGCGCCAGCCUGUACAAGAAGAAGAACCAGAAGCUGCACUCCUCCGACUUCUCCAUCAGCCACCGCGGCGCGCCCCUGCAGUUCCCCGAGCACACCGUCGCCGGCCUCGCUGCGGCUGCACGCCAGGGCGCCGGCAUCCUCGAGUGCGACGUCGCCUUCACCCGCGACCUCCAGCUCGUCUGCCGCCACUCGCAGUGCGACCUGCACACCACCACCAACAUCCUCGCCGUGCCGGAGCUCGCGGCCAAGUGCUCUGUCCCCUUCCGCCCGGCGUCCGGCGGCAGACCGGCCACGGCCAAGUGCUGCACCAGCGACAUCACCCUCGCCGAGUUCAAGAGCCUCUGCGGCAAGAUGGACGGCUCCAACCCGGCAGCCACCACCGUUGCGGAGUACAUGGACGGCACGCCCAAGUUCAGGACCGACCUGUACUCCUCUGCCUGCGGCCAGCUGUACUCGCACAAGGAGUACAUCCGCAUCGUCGACGGCUACGGCCUCAAGUUCACUCCCGAGCUCAAGGCGCCCGAGGUGCCCAUGCCCUUCAUGGGCAAGUACUCGCAGGAGCAGUACGCCCAGCAGCUCAUCGACGAGUACCGUGAAGCCCGCAUCCAUCCGGACAGAGUUUUCCUCCAGUCCUUCUCCAUCAACGACAUCUACUUCUGGAACAAGAAUGCAGCUGACUACGCCCGCCAGGCCAUGUAUCUCGACUCUCGUCCGGAUACCCCCCAGGGAGCCAAGCAGGCCACUGCUAUCAUGGCUCAGCUGAAGCAGUCCGGCAUCCGCACUCUCUCGCCCGCCUUCCAUGCCCUGCUCAAGCUCGACGGAAACAACCAGAUCGUUCCCUCAGACUACGCCGUGGCUGCAAAGAAGGCCGGCAUCAAGCUCACUACUUGGUCCCUUGAGCGUUCGGGACCCCUGAACAAAGUCAAGGCCAACGGUGACUUCUACUACUCCUCCAUUGCUUCUGCCGUCAAGAACGACGGUGAUAUCUACCGUGUCAUCGAUGUCCUGGCCAAGGAUGUCGGCGUUGCCGGCAUGUUUUCGGACUGGCCUGCCACCGUCUCCUUCUACGCCAACUGCUUCAACCUGUAG